AUGGGCGGCAAGAUUUGGUCAUCGCAAGAGGAGCGCUAUUUUUGGCGCACUGUCAUGUCUACAUCAACCAAGCGCAGUGGCAUUAGUCGUAUAAAGGAUGAGAAGUCGUGGGUAAUUCUUGCUAGAGAUAUGCAGCAUACUCUAGGCGCUGCCGCUCGCAGACAUUACACGGGCAACAUGCUUUUCGAACAUUACUACCAGAACAUCCGUACCAAGAAAGUCUCACCCCACGCUGGAAGAUAUGUCUGCGAGUACCUCAUAAAGGCUGGAUCAAACCGCGAUCAUCCCAUGCUUAGACAUUGCGCUCCAAGGAAGCAGCCAACCCCGGCCAACAACAACGAUACCUACAAGAGGGAGGAGAGCUUUUCCGGCUCCAGACUCGCUAUGGACGGUGUAUCCACAUUGCUCAAGUCCUCGAACUAUUCUUCGUUAUCUAUCCGCACCAGAUCCAUGUCCGCCUUUCUCAAAAGCCAACAAAGUCUUAAUGAGGAUUCUCUUGAGAAUGAGUAG